CAUAUGAAAUGUGAAAUCUUGAAAUGAUUUUAAAACCUUCCUGAAAGCUUUCUGUAUUAAUCGGUUGCUGUAUGGGUUGUAGCUUUCUAAACAUUUUUAUUUUUUUUAUCUUUAUUACUUUUUUUACGAUAUGAGUUCAAAGAUUUAGAAUUUAAAUUUGAGAGUUUGCCGUAAACCGACAUACUCUAGAGCUCGGCAAGAUUUGCACGCGAUGGCCGAUUUUCAGCUAGCUCCACCUUCCGCUAUUCUCCUUACCUCGGGGUUCAGAGUGCAGCCUACAAGCUGCUCGAGGCUCAGGAUCGUAUGAUAUGCAUAUAUCAGCGUAUAUUUCCAAUAGCUUUCCACGUCACCCGUGAAGUACUAUUAUUGACGUGUUUUUUUGUUACUUUUGACGUGUUUCAAAGAUUGCACACGCAUCGCUUGAAGUAAUGGGUCCUACUAUCACAAAAUCAUCGAAAUUUGAAGAUUUUAUUGAUAUAUGCAUGUCAUACGGUCCUGAGCCACGAGCAGCUUGUCGGCUACGCGCGGGACCCCGAGGUGAGGAGAAUAGCAAGAGAUAUUUGCUAUUAACAAUGUCCUGUGCUUGUGUGUGUGUAAAUACGGAAAUACAAGAUUUGAAACCUGCCGAGCUGCACACAUUAGGAAUUAUAUUAAACUAUUCUGAUUCCUGGAAAAAAUUAAUGGUCAUCGUUCCUGCAGAAAGAAAUGGUUUUAAAUUUAAUAAUCAACAUGUUAGCAUAAUUGAACAAGCAACAGAAACCGAUGAUCGUAAUGCAGCGGAAAUAUUUAUAGAUGAAUGGAGCACUAUGGGAAAAAAGGCACCAACAUUAGGAUUAUUACUGGACCUUCUCAUAAAAGCAGAAUUAGUAGCUGCUGAUUAUGUAUCAUGUGAUAUAUUAAAACAAGAAAAACCAAAGAGACCAGAUAAAGGUCCAGCUGCUCCUAUUGAUAUAAGUGAUUCAUUUAUAGAGAAAUUAUUAGAGGAGCACCAAAUGUUACAACACAGUGUACCUACCGAUCCUGUGAUGUCAGAAUCAAACUUAAUAUUCAAUCAAGAGAUGUGUCUUGGUGAUAAGGCAGAUAAUGAUUUAAUAAAUUCAGUACUACGAACACUUGUGAAGCAGUGAACAACUACGUGGAACACACAUUUGCUUCAACACCUAGAUCUGAUCCUGCAAAAAUUAAGAAAAAGAUAAGCGAUUCAGUAGAACAACAGUCACCGAACGUAGCAACUCAUUACUACGAAUACAAGGAAGUAUCCUCUCAAGAAAUACCAGUAUUUCUUAAUAAUUAUAAACAAUCCGCGCUAAGUAGUGAAAUACUUAAUUCAUCUAAUAUUCCACUUUGUUUAAAAGAUUUAUCUUUAGAAUAAUAUAAAGUUUUAAGAAAUAUUAUGUGCAAUUUUAUGUAAUGCAAUAUAAAUACAGUAAUAAAUACAACAUGAAUAUUUCAACAUUUUUAAUAAACACAACUAAGAAAGAUAUUAAAUAUUAAAAUACAAUACUAAUCUGGACCGGAAUUAUAAUACACAUAUUUAGCAAAGAUCAAAUUCGAAAACUGCUAAGCAGAAAAAAAA